AUGCAUGCAUUCAAAGGAAACCAGAAGAAAUUGGUGCAUUUGUGGAGGCUGGAAGGAGCUAGGGAAAGACUCAGAUUGGUGAAGGCUGACUUAAUGGAAGAAGGCAGCUUGGAUGAUGCAAUCUUGGAAAUCCUGGAACCAGCUGUUGAGGGUACAUUGAAUGUGCUCCAUUCGUGCAAGAAAAAUCUGUCUCUAAGGCGUGUGGUUCUCACCUCAUCUUCUUCAGCUGUAAGGGUGAAGCCAGAUGAGGAUUUCGACUCCAAUAUACCACUGGAUGAGUCGUCGUGGAGCUCUGUCAAACUCUGUGAGACACUAAGGUGGCAUUCUGUCCUUGUUGAAGUUUAA